CACACACACACACACACACACACCACUCAGUCCAGUCCAAACCCCCAGAAAAGCCGUGCUGAAUCCUCACACCGUCUGUCAGCAUGGGGAGCGCUUGUUUUUCUCGGGACUUUUGUUUGUUCAUCCUCCUCAUAAAUACUUGCGGGGUGAUGGGGAAUGCCGGACUGGCAGAUGUAGAUGAGUGCGCAGAGGACUCAGACGACUGCCACAUCGACGCCCUCUGCCAGAACACAGCCAAAUCCUACAACUGCAUCUGCAAGCCUGGAUACAAGGGAGAUGGGAAACAGUGCGAGGACAUGGACGAAUGUGAGAAUGACUACAAUGGGGGCUGUGUCCACGAAUGCAUCAACAUACCAGGCAACUACAGGUGCAUGUGCUACGAUGGAUUCAUGCUGGCCCACGAUGGACACAACUGUCUGGAUGUGGAUGAGUGUCUGGACAACAACGGUGGAUGCCAGCAAGUGUGUGUUAACACCAUGGGGAGCUAUGAGUGUAUGUGCACAGAGGGCUUCUUCCUCAGUGACAACCAGCAUACCUGCAUCCACCGCUCUGACGAUGGAAUGAACUGCAUGAACAAGGACCACGGCUGCGCCCACAUCUGCAGGGAAGCUCCGGGGAAAGGCGGCGUGUCGUGUGAAUGCCGUCCUGGCUUUGAGCUGGCCAAAAAUCAGAAGGACUGCACAUUGACCUGUAACUAUGGAAAUGGCGGUUGCCAGCACACAUGCAACGACACAGACACGGGGCCUGUGUGUGGCUGCCACCAGAAGUAUGCCCUGCACUCAGACAGCAAGACCUGCAUUGAGAAAGAUGAGGCUGCAAUUGAGAGCUCUGAGUUCAAUGCCACGUCAGUAGCUGAUGUGGACAAGCGGGUGAAACGGCGGCUACUUAUGGAGACCUGUGCCGUCAACAACGGCGGCUGCGACAGGACGUGUAAAGACACAGCUACGGGGGUGCGUUGCAGCUGCCCUGUGGGAUUCACCCUCCAGCCUGAUGGAAAAACAUGCAAAGACAUUGAUGAAUGCGAGGAGAAUAACGGAGGCUGUGACCACUUCUGCCGAAACACUGUGGGCUCCUUUGAGUGCAGCUGCCAAAAAGGCCACAAACUUCUCACAGAUGAAAGGACAUGCCAAGACAUUGAUGAGUGCUCCUUUGAGAGAACCUGUGAUCACACAUGCAUCAACUACCCUGGCAGCUUUGAGUGCUUGUGCAACAAAGGAUACAUCCUGUACGGCCUGACUCACUGUGGAGAUAUCGAUGAGUGCAGCAUCAACAACGGCAGCUGUGAGUACGGCUGCAUAAACACCCAGGGCAGCUACGAGUGUGUGUGUCCACCCGGACAGAAACUCCACUGGAACAAGAAAGAUUGCAUCGAGGGAGUGAAAUGUCUGCCCAAUGGGAAGCCAGCACCGCGAGCCCAGCUAACCUGCAUCAAGAGCGGAGGAGCUGAGGUCUGCUCACUGUCCUGCCCCUCCAAUGCCCUCUUCCUAGCAGACUCAGAGAACAGCUACACACUGAGCUGCGGAGUGCCCGUCCAGCCUGGUAAACCUCCUCAGAAGAGGAACGUCACCACGGCUUUACCCGCCUGUGCCGACACGUUGGCACCACCCAUCAAGCAGAAGGCCAGGUUUAAGAUCAAAGAUGCCAAGUGUCACCUGAAGCCCCGCAACAAGGAGAAACACCGAGACGUAUCCAAGCAGAACAUCCAAGGAGGCCAGUUCCCCUGCACCGAUGACUGCCAGGUAACGUUUGUCAACCUCAAGUGUGACUCAUCUAAGAAGCGCCGGCGAGGACGCAAAUCUCCUUCAAAGGAGGUUUCACACAUUACCGCUGAGUUUGAGAUGGAGAUGAAGGAGGAAGAUGCCUCAGAGUCGUGUAACGUGGACUGUGUGCGGGAGAGAAUGAAGCAGAGGCUGCAGAGCGCCAUGAGGACACUCAGAAAGUCCAUCACCAAACAGCAGUUCUACAUCCAGUUCUCUGGGACCGAAUAUGAAGUGGCCCAGAAGCCUCCUAAGGCGGCAGAGGGUGCUGAGACCUGCAGCACAGGACAAGUCCUCAGAGAUGGAAAGUGUGUGAGCUGUGGUGUGGGGACAUUUUAUAGUGGGGAGCAAGAGCAGUGUGUCCAGUGUCCACCUGGUACAUACCAGGACACAGUGGGACAACUUUCCUGUGAGCCAUGUCCCAGUACUGAAGGACAGGGAAUCGCUGGUGCCAAGAAUGUAUCCCAGUGUGGAGGUCAGUGUCCAGUCGGUCACUUUUCUGAUGAUGGGUUCCGCCCAUGCCAGCCCUGCGCGCUGGGCUUCUACCAGCCAGAACCAGGCCGUGUCCUGUGCUUCCCCUGUGGAGGAGGCCUCAUGACCAAGUAUGAAGGAUCUGUGUCCUUCAGGGACUGUGAGGCCAGAGUGCACUGUGCUCCCGGGCAUUACUACAACUCCAGUACCCACCGCUGCAUCCGGUGCCCAGCAGGCACCUACCAGUCAGAAUCCAGCCAGAACUACUGCAUCACCUGCCCGGGCAACACCACCACCGACUUCGAUGGUGCUACCAACGUCUCCCAGUGCAAAAACCAGGUGUGCGGAGGGGAGCUGGGAGAGUACACAGGCUACAUUGAGUCUCCUAACUACCCUGGAGAUUACCCAUCCAACGUGGACUGUGUGUGGAUGAUAAAUCCACCACACAAGAGACGCAUCCUCAUUGUGGUGCCAGAGAUUUUCCUCCCCAUUGAGGAUGAAUGUGGAGACGUGCUGGUCAUGAGGAAGAGCGCCCACCCCACCUCCAUCACCACUUACGAGACGUGUCAGACCUACGAGCGACCCAUCGCCUUCACCUCCCGCUCCCGUAAGCUCUGGAUCCAGUUCAAGUCCAACGAGGGGAACAGCGGCAAAGGCUUCCAAGUUCCAUACGUCACCUACGAUGAGGACUACCAGCAGCUGAUAGAAGACAUCGUGCGGGAUGGCAGGCUAUACGCCUCUGAGAAUCACCAGGAGAUUCUCAAGGACAAGAAGCUGAUAAAAGCCCUAUUUGAUGUGCUGGCUCACCCCCAGAACUAUUUCAAGUACACAGCAGCAGAGUCCAAAGAGAUGUUCCCUCGUUCUUUCAUCAAGCUGCUGCGCUCCAAAGUCUCCAGGUUCCUACGACCAUACAAAUAGACAGGCCCGUCUGCGGUCCUGGUCAACAACCCUGACAUCCUGCAUCAUUCCAAAUCCAGCAAACUAAAUGUAACCCAAACCCCCAUCCCACUUCUGCCCUGCCUCUGUCUAUUCAUCCAUGUAUAUUUGAGCUUUCUAACUCGUAAGACAUCACUAACAAUGGAGCUUUCUGUACAAGGUUUGACCGAUAGAGGUUUUUGAAGGCCAGUAUUUAUAUUUUUAUACUGUAUAUUGUAUUGAUAUAUUCUUUCUUAAAUUUGGAGAUUUUGCACUGAACUGUUAAUUACCACAGGCAUGCUAUCUGAGUAAGGGUUUAUCUGGCAGUAACAAUGAAUACAUAUUUUUCAGCAGAAACAGUACAGUAACUAUGGUAAUUUACUAAUUUAGUAAAAUCAUCUGGCAAAUAUUUCCUUCCUCUGAAUGUUUUAUAGAAUGUAUAUAAAGUGCAGCGAAACAGCAGUGUCCCAACCUGUAGGUAAUGGUACAUCCCACAUGUCAGUUUGUUUCAUCUGCGGGAGACCCCCAUGCCCACCGCCAAAAAACUGAAAUAUUAUGCGCAGCUUUGUGGAAGAAAGACGACUCGGUCUAUCGACUAGUCUUUCCUAGUCUGUCAGUGCUAGGCUAACCAGCCGUAAUCCAUUCCUCCACUGUAUUCUGCUUACAACAUGACCUUUUCCAUCUUUGUACUGUUUUAUAGUCUAGCUGAUCAGGCGUAAAAAGACUUGCAACUGUACGUCUCUCGCUAAGAGUUAGACUAAAGCCCGAAUGCAGAACCCUGUGAAGGUGCAAGGGUGUUAUUCCCUGUCAGACUACUUCAAAUACAAAAUCCUACAAGGUUAUGAGAACAUAACCAACACAGGCAAACAUGUUGCCUACUGCAGCUUUAACAAAACCUCAUCUUCUCAUCCAACUCAAAAACAAAGCAAAUUUAUCAACAUGUUGUUUAAAACAUGCACAUUAAAAAACUCUAAAGUCAUCUAAAAGUCUGAAUCCGCAUGCUAUUACACAGCAGCACUUAACAAAAGGCCAGCAUCAGCUACCCAAUAUAUCGGUCAAACUCUGUUUCUUCUUUUCUCACAGUCAUUUCCCAUUGUUUGCACAUUCUCUAACAACUGUAUUCUACAGUCUUCCUAUUUGCUUUCUGUGUUGUUAUGUCCUUUUUUAAUAUUUAUACUGAACAUUUUGGAACUUGCAGAGGGGCGCGCAGAUGUUUUAAAAAUGAUCUGCGAACAAGCGUGUGGACAUACACAGGUGCCCACGCAGAGCACAGCCUGAACUGGAUUUCUUUAUUGGCCCUGUCGUGCACAAGACAGAGAUGAGAAAACAAUCAGUGCACUUAAAUCAGAAAUGUUAAAGUGGUGACAUCUAAAUCCUUCCACUCCAGUGAUGCUUUAUCCACUGGGGAAAGAUUAAAUUGGGCAAAUUGCAAAAUCUACAUUGUAAUUUUGAGAUGAGAUAAAACUACCUGCAAGUAACAGAUUGUUACGUUAUAGAGAAAUGUACCUGGUGUAACUAGUAUUUGGAACUUUCAUUGCACUUGAAUUUUAUAUUUUAAACUGUAGGGGAAAGGAUCUAAGUUACAUGUUUUGUUACCUUCUUGUGUUAUGUGCCUGGUGUGGUGGUGAUAGGAAAAAGAAGCAGCUGUGUCUCCUGUUAUUGCUUCCACUCUGUAGCUUGCAGUUACCCUCAAAUUUGUCUGAAUAACACACACACACACACACACACACACACACACACACACACACAC